CCGGUUAACGGGAAUCGGAACUUAAUACCCAUACAUUGUUUGGAUUAGUAAAAUUUUUACUUAGAAAUGGGAACCUCGUUCCGUCUUGAAGGUAAAUCAAUAACUCCGCACUCCAUCCUUGGAUUACCAUUUCCCAUACCCUCCAUCCUCAUUCCCAUUGCUACCAAUCAUACAAACACCCUCCAGAUGUUCCAUUCGAUGAACACCAACAAGAUCUGUAAAGGACACUUUGUCUUGUAAAUAUAAUAUUUUUUGAUGAUAUUUUAUAAGAAUGGCUGUUCAUUUUAAUACUGUUGUUGGGCUUAUCAAAGUUCUUAAUACUUGUAUAAUACUAUUUGACCGCCUCAACAUCAUAGCUGCUUCCGCCAUGGUUGUAAUAAAGAAAAUGUGGGUUGUUUCUGGUCUACUGCUAUCAUCUUCUUCCUGGGCUAACAUUUUUCAACUCAGGGGAAAAUAUAUAUUCUUCUUUGAUGUGUGUAUAGACAUCAAAGAUGAAUAUAUUGAGGUUAUUAGGGGACAUGAGCCAUCUGGCUGGUGUUGUUCUUUUGAUUUUCAAGAUUCACUCCAUGAAAUCUUGUGCUGGCGUUUCACUAAAGACUCAAGAGCUCUAUGCUCUUGUCUUCGCUACUCGCUACCUGGAUAUUUUCAUAUAUUUUAUCUCACUGUACAAUACUGUAAUGAAGAUAAUCUUCUUGGGGACCUCUUUCUCAAUUGUUUGGUACAUAAGGCACAACAGAAUUGUCCGCAAAUCCUAUGAUAAAGACCUAGACACAUUUCGCCACUACUUUCUUUUGUUGCCUUGUUUUCUUUUGGCCCUAGUUAUAAAUGAAAGGUUCACUUUCGUAGAGGUAAUGUGGGCAUUCUCUGUAUAUUUGGAGGCUAUUGCCAUACUUCCUCAGCUAGUGUUGGUACAAAGGACAAGAAAUAACGAAAAUUUGAUAGGGCAAUACGUGUUCCUCCUUGGUGCAUAUAGAGCAUUCUACAUCUUGAACUGGAUAUACCGCUACUUCACGGAACCACACUUUGUUGAUUGGAUACGUUGGAUAUCUGGGCUUAUUGAGUUGUCGCUUUACGCUGGUAUCUUCUACUACUACUUCCGGAGGACUGCCAUGACUGAGAAGCUUGUAUUUAAGACUAUAAGUGAGUUGUUCGUUUCACCAAGCGUUGUGGAUUUGGAAGCGGGAAUCGGGUUAGUAAGUGACAGUUGUGGUUGCCCAACGCCAUGCCCCGGUGGUGAAGGAUGCCGGUUUGAUACUGCUAGUUCAGGUGAUAUUGAGCAUAAGCAGUGCUCUUGUGGCUCACACUGUGCCUGCAACCCUUGCAGUUGCUCUAGUGCUGUUACAGGUGGUUCCGGCAAGGCCUUCUGCAAGUGUGGUGAUUCUUGCACUUGUGCUACCUGUGCCUCUGUGACAUGAAGUACUUGUUGAAAUAUACACAUCAGUCUGACUAUGUUGCUGCAUAUGCCGAGAAACUUGCCAUGAUCAAGAAACUGCAAAAUGAGCUCUGGCUUCGGGGGUUUGAACUUUCAUCAACCUUGGUUUCUAUUUUCUUUAAAAAGCUCCACCUUUUAUGAGUAUGAAUGUAGAUAGAUGUGGGUUCUGUUAAGAAAUUGAAGAGCGCUUAGAUUUGGGUCUUGUACAGGACUGCCAUGACUGACAAGCAUGUAUUUAAGAUUAAAGUUUCAAACUUUGUCCAGAAAUGAUUCUU